AUGAUUAAUGUACAACUCCUCUUCAAGCCAAAAUUUACUAUUGUCUCUCGACUCUCUCCUUCUUUGUCACCUCUCCACCGCCCUACAGAACCCUCUGCCGUGAACAACAGUGCCACCGCUUACACAAUGCCGGAAAUUCCUCGUGACCCAUCAAGCUCUUGUGUCAUGAACGGCUUAAAAUCCAAAAGGAAAAAGAAAAAGAAGACCCCAGUUACGGAACCCUCAUCUCCAUCCUCAUCAGUAUCAUCAUCAAAUAAUUUUUCUUGUACAUUGAAGCAAAAAGGUCUCGAGAUUUUGAAGAAACCCAAAAGAAUUCGAGUUGGGUCGACCUCAAACCGGAAGAGUACGAAUUUCAGACACGUUACUGUUGAUGCCCUUGCUCUUCCUCUGGGAAUGUCCAUUGCUGCUGUUGUUUCCCAGGUUUUGGACAGGAAAAAUGCAUCCGGAGAUAAGAUAUCAGUGGAUUAUCUGACUGGGGUUUUUGGCGAUAAAUUUGAUGGUUUUGUGAGGAAUUUUGAAACUUCAUUCCGAAGUACCUUCAUGACUUUAAGAUUAAUCUACAGAUCCUCCCAAAAUGUCAGAGGUGAAUGGACAUGGUCAUCUAAUAACAAACUACAAGAUCCUGUAUGCAACUCUGAUACUAAAGAUGGUUUGGAAUCAAUUCCACAUACAACCAACAGCGAGGGACCAAUAUGCAGUCAUGAGCAUACAGAAGAGGAUAGGCCGUUGGGUUUGAUAAAUCGGCAGCUUGUUCUGCAUGAUGGACAUAUGAGUCGGCAGUUGAUUCGUUCUUUGAGCACCGCGUCUCAUUCUGAAGUUAACCAAUCGAUGCUCAGCACCUUAGAAAAAUCAGUAAUUGAGCAAACUCGUUCUAAUGACCUGAAGGCAUUUGAGAUUAGUCUUUCUGUGAAAAAGUUGCAACUUAAAGAAGCCCAACUGGCUGUCCAUUCGGAUGCAAAUUUCUUGGAAAGAUGUUUAAUCACCAUGUUGUUCUCCCUUGGAUAUGGAGCUUAUGUUUAUUCUCAUAGAAGAAUAACGGAAGCUACAGAAUCAUGCUCACCUUUUAAGGAAUCCAAGUCUUGGUGGAUGCCGAAAUCAAUGGCAACUUUCAACUCGGGGCUACAGUUAUUGAUGUGUCAAGUUCAAGCUUUAAGUCGCAUGUUGUUUGCCGGACUAAUGAUUGGGGAAAUUACCCUUUUGCUUAUUCAGAGAUCUGCUGCUACAAAUCAGACCAUGCCAAUUACUUUCAUAAUGUUGCUAUUAGGAGUUGGAUGUGGGUAUGCAGGAAAAUUUUGCAUUGAUACAUUGGGUGGCAGUGGAAAUCAUUGGUUAUUGGGAAGUUUUAUGCUUGCUGCAUUUUCUCUCCAAUAUUGGGGCUUCAACUUUGAUUCUUAUUCUCUACGGGCCCAUAAAUGUCUCAGAUAA